GCUCCACGACGUGGCUCGAAAGUGUUGCCUGGCCGAUCGAGAUAAGCGACGACAACGAUGACGAAGACGACGACGACGACGACGGCGAUGAUGCCACCCCUCGCCGACGACGCCAUUCGGUCAACGUCGAAAUUAGUUGUCGCACGGGAACGUCGAUAAAUACUUGAUACUUAGCGGUCGCGUCUAGCCAUUGCUCAAUCGUCGAUCGUCGCUCGCCGGAAUCCACAGGUACCUCCAACGCGUCGGGGAGGUCGACCGCGUUCGCGCGACGGACGAUCGGAUCGGAUAGCCGCCGUCACCGCGAAUCGAUCGGGAUCGAGAGUCGGUGGCGCGUUCCUGACUGAAAAGACUACCUCCGUUUCUGCGAGAGUUCGUCGUGUGACAUGCGUGUUGUGCCGCUCGAGAAUCGCGAAGUUUAGGGUGGGACCCGGGAUCGGACAUGGAUACGACAGGGACGGUCGAACGAUAAUUGAUCGAGCAGUGCACGAUAAUCACUCGCUUCCGCCGAUCGGUGACACCCGUAUGGACCAGCGCGUGGGGCGUGCACGCGUUUCGUCCGCGCGGCUCCGCCGCGGGGCCAAAUUUCCGGUCAGGAAAUUCGACGUCGAUCGACGUGGCAGCGGCGCGACAAAAUUAGUCGGAAGUGCCGGCGGAUCGGAUUAACGGGGCAUCCGGUGUCGCCGACGACUUGCUGCUCCACUCGGGCCUGCAGGCCCGCGCCGGACCAGAGGAUCAAAGGGUGGCAGCGAAUCAAUUGUACAAGCGGGGCUAAAAGGCGGAUAAGCCGCAGAAAGAGAACGGGAGGGCUGAGGGCAGCGGACAGUGCACAAGGGAAGUUCGAAGGGGGCGAUCGAGCACACACGAACCAGGGAGAAAGCUCGUGAAGAGGAGGAGGAGAAGGAGGAGCGCAAGGUGGAUCGGUUAAGGAACGAUCAGCCGGCACGAAGCCCGCGGAAAGAGCACAAGCGUCGUUUUCAGGAGAAUUUAAUAAACUUCCGUCGGCAAAAUGCCGCUCUGCCGACCGGAUCGCCGUGCUUUCUGAUGCCAUUGCGAAAUAUUCCAGUCGAUCUGCCGGCAUUGAAUGGCGCGGCUUAAGACGGCUUUCCGUAUAUGCCACUGUCGCGCGACGUGGGUAAUCCAAACGACGGUAGACUGAAGACCUCGAAGACUUUCCUGUGGUUCAAUUUUUCUUCUCUUUGCCUCUCUUUUGCCGUCUGUCUGUCUCUCUCUCUCCCUCUCUCCCUUCCCCUCUCUCUCUCCUAUUCUGCUCCUCUUUCUCUUUCCCUCCCUCCCUCUCUCUUUCUCUUGCCCUCUCGGCCCGAUUUUUCCCAUAACGGAUAUGCGACACGAGGAGCGCUUCGCCAUGGACGCGUGACAUCAUGUCGAGGUCUGUGCGUGACACGUCGGCUCGCAGCUACGUCGAAAGAGGCGGCGCACUCGCGUCAAUGGGUGUCAAUAGAUCGAGACUCCGAUCUGCCGGGUCCACGUCAACGCGGAUGCAAGACCCCGUAGACCGCGCUCUCACGACGUCGCGCUUCGAUGGAUCGAUCGCGCGCAAGAUCGGUCGCGAUCCCGCGACGUCCCGUCGCGGAUAAUCGCCGAUCGCCGAACGACGUUGCUGCCGGGAUGGACGAAAUCCUGGAGGAGGAAGGAUUCAACUGAUACGCGUCUAAGCCGGGGAUCCUAGAAACUGUGUGACCGGCCAAAGGGCCGGCUAGAAACAGUACCUCUCUUCUUGCUCGCAAAGAGGAUCAAGAAGCCUUAUCGUACUUACUACCUGGUCGAAGAAGGAGAACCAGAAGAACAGGGAAGAGCGAAAAAGAGGAAGACGCAAGAGAAAGAGAAAGAGAGGAAGCAGAGAGAGAGAGAGAGAGAGAGGGGGGGAGAGAGAGGGCAGGCAAUUCAACGCAUCGGGAAGAUAAGGAGGAAGCUGGGGAUGUCGGACGCAGGCGAAAAGAUGGAAUCCCGGGCUAGACGUUCCAAGAUCUCGUGAUUGGUGUCACUGCGUGGCUGACAAGGGAUAAGGUCGACCACGAAAGAUCGACCGUGAUGGAAGUGGGAACGAGCGAUUCGUUCGUCAGGUCGAUCCUCCGCAACCUCUCGUUGACUCACGGACAUCGGCAGCCGGACGAGCCGCCCGGAAGAGCGACCGACGCAAUCGAUGUCGUUUCCACGACUUUGCAGGAGGAGAAGAUGGUGGACCUACUGGGCGAUGCCCUGUCAAAGAAUGACAGCGGCAUCGACAGCAGCGAGUCGAGUUGGUUCAGCGACUCGACGACGAUCGACUCGACCGGCUCGACCCUGCUGGCCUCUUCAUCCUUCGCGGAGUCCUCGUCAUAUUCCACCCCGAGCGUGGACAACUACACCGGCAUAUCCGACCUGUUCGUCUUCGACGAUCUGAAUGAUUAUAUCAACCGGCUAAACUACAGCGUCUUCGUGAACCUCACGGCCUACGACGGCGGCGCAGGGCUGAACCUUAGCAGCGUCAACUGCACGUCGUCGAUAGUCGCCGGGGGCGCCGGGGACGUCGUCAGAGCGGUCGAGUGCGGGACGGCCGGCGUCGAUGAGAAGUCGAACGCGAACAGCUGGUGGGCCCUAAUACUCGUGAUCGUGCCGUGUUUGACGCUCUUCGGUAACGUGCUCGUCAUCUUGGCGGUGGUGAGGGAGCGUACCUUGCAAACCGUCACGAACUACUUCAUCGUCAGCUUAGCGGUCGCCGAUCUCCUCGUGGCGGUGCUUGUUAUGCCGUUCGCAGUCUACGUUCUGGUGAAUGGGUCUUGGAGUUUACCUGGAUUUGUUUGUGACUUUUACAUCGCAAUGGAUGUGACCUGCAGCACUAGCUCCAUAUUCAACCUCGUGGCUAUUUCUAUAGACAGAUACAUAGCGGUGACCCAGCCGAUAAAGUACGCAAAGCAUAAGAACAAUAGAAGAGUGUGGCUGACGAUACUGUUGGUCUGGGCGAUAUCGGCCGCGAUCGGCAGCCCGAUUGUCCUAGGCUUGAAUAACACCCCCGACCGGAUACCGGACCAAUGUCUGUUCUACAAUACGGAUUUUAUCAUCUACUCGAGCCUGUCCAGCUUCUAUAUACCCUGCAUCAUCAUGGUAUUCCUCUACUAUAACAUAUUCAAGGCUCUGCGAAAUAGAGCGAGAAGGGCUCGUGCUAGCAAAAAACCGAAUUUAGGCGAUAUAAAACCGGGGAGCAUCAUCGAGAAUAUCGCACACACACGCAGUGGGUAUUCUGUGGCAAGGUUUGCGGAGACGGCGUUGGGGGCGGCCGCCUUGGUGGCUCCUGGAAUUGAGGAACCGACCAACACCGCUUCCGGCAGCAAUGAGGAUGAGGACGAGACGCCCCUCGAUCCCGUCGUCGUCAUCUCCAACGACAAGAGCACGGAAUUCUUUCUAGCCACGGUCGUCGAGGAAGCAGCUUGUCGUUUCAGCGCGGUGGCGCAGGCCCAGCUGACCGGGGUGCCCCACGUCCGGAAGGACUCCGGCUACGACGGUGCGGCGAGCAGCACGAUGAUCCACGAGCCGCUCGAGACGAACUCCAGCCCGAGCCCGAACCCACGGAUCACCUCGGCGCCGUCCUCGUCGACCUCGUCGUCGCCGCCGCCGACGAGGGGCCCGACCAGCGUCUCGUCGCAGACGAAGAAGAACGGCAACGGCAGCACGAACAAGCAGGAGCUCAAGAGGCUGAAGAGCGCCGGCUCGCUGUUGCCGCUGCCGCUCGCGAGGACGCCCAGUGUGUUGUCGUCCGUCGGCAAGAAGGACCGCAAGAACGCCUCGGCCGGGUCAAGGUUCACGAUAUACAAGGCCAACAAGGCCAGCAAGAAGAAAAGGGAAAAGAGCUCGGCCAAGAAGGAGCGCAAGGCCACGAAGACUUUAGCGAUCGUGCUAGGGGUCUUUCUGAUAUGCUGGGUUCCUUUCUUCACCUGCAACAUCAUGGAUGCAAUCUGCACGAAACUGACGAAGGCCUGUCAGCCUGGUGUUACAGCUUUCAUCGUCACCUCCUGGUUGGGUUAUAUGAACAGCUUUGUGAAUCCCGUAAUAUACACUGUGUUCAACCCCGAAUUCCGUAAGGCCUUCCGCAAGUUGAUCAGCGUGUAAGCGAGCGAUUCGUCCUCCUAAAGAAGAUCCACAGGGCGAAGAACGUGACUCUCUGUGAAUCGUCGUAUUUGUGAUGUAACAACGAGGCUCUAGGCUCUCGACAAGCUCGCAACAGGUACUGUCGUUCUCGUAUUUGGCAUCGCAACAGCUGCGUUUGCGUAUCGAUUUUCGCAUUCCGUCGCGCGUCAAUCGCUACCAAGUGAAAGAGGAAAGUUGCAUCUCGCAUAGCAUUUUCCACUUUCUGAAACUCGGAAAACAUUUCGCGCGCCGUUGAAAGAAACGAGAGCAUUAUUUUCAACGAGUAUCGUUUGAAACGUUACAAUAUUUCGCGAAAUAAUUUAUGCAAGCUGCGGGAAAAUGUGACGCAGAUGCACAAACGAGAAAUUCUCGUCUCUGUUGGUAUCUAAAUUCUUUGUGCAUAUAUAUACUCGCUUCUAAAGCAAUCAAUUAGUACUUUUAAUAUAAUUCUCUUUUUUCUCAUUCAAACUUCCUCGGUUAAGGAAACACGCGUUAUCGAAGAGAAUAAUUUUUUUUAGGUAUCCGGUGCACACCUGACGGAGAAUAAAAAUUUCACUCCACUUGGUCAAGAUUGGUACGCGAUAAGACAAAAUUAUCCGGUGGUAAUUGUUGCUAUCGAAUGCGGCAACGAUUCAUCGCGUCUACAUAUACGUGAAUGCGUGUAUUAUGAUACAUGAACUAACGUAGCGUGCCGCGCUACAAGGACACGUCAAAAUUCACGUGCACCGAUGGAACUGAACUCCCGCACGAGUAGCUCAAAUAAUUGCUAAGUGAGACUUCGCAUAACAGAACGCCGCGUCGAUGAGCCGCGCGGCGUCGCCGUAUCGCGCGGACUCGCGUCAGGAUAAUUUAAAUAAUCUGUACAAAUUGCAAGCGACAAGCGUUCAUGGCGUCCAAAGGACUUCGUUAGAGAGGCUAGUUAGCUGUUAAGGUGUAAUAAUCGCGUUCGUAUAUAGGGCGGAUGUCCCUCGGAAAUAAUUUAAGUUCGCGAAAAGCAGGUAAUAUAAAUGAGAUCCGUGACGGCGAAGGGUUAAAGUUGUUAGAGGUGUAUUUAUUAUGCGAGUAUAUAUAUAUAUAUAUAUAUAUACAUACAUACAUAUAUAUAUAUGUAUAUAUAUAUAUAUAUACAUACAUACAUAUAUAUAUAUAUAUGUAUAUAUAUAUAUAUAUAUAUAUAUAUAUAUAUAUAUACAUAUAUACUAUACGUCUCCGUGGAUAAUUAAGUACGCCAUGACAGUAUUAACGUAGCGUGUAAGAUAUAGCAAUAUUUUUUCGCUCAAAGCAAAAAGCAACCGAGACCGCCGUUUGUACGACGAUAUGUAGGAACAUGCUAUACAUAUUCGCGCGUCGCAGUGUAACUGUAUGUAUUUAUAUUUCGGUACAUGUAGAGAGAGAGAGAGAGAGAGAGAGAGAGAGAGAGAGAGAGAGAGAGAGAUUAUACAUAUACAUACAUGACAUAAAUGAAUUUACGCGCUGUUCCUUCCACGAUAUACAGGGUGAUGCUAAGCGCGGAAUAAAAGCUUUAGGACAACAUGAAGGAAGAUUGAUUUUUGGAAACAGUGUACCUUGUAAACACUCUAGCUUGUGAACGCUCUAUUUAAUAAGUUAUUACUGAAUACCAAAAUACGAUUACUUCUCAGUUACAGCGGAGACAGUGAGGUGUUUAGUAAAGCCCGUGCAUUAAUCAAAAGUAAGCUAUUUUUCUGAGCAUCGGAAUACUCAGGAGAAAGACGGUUGACUCAACUUGAUCUGUCUUUAUUUUUGUGAACACACUUAUAAAGGAAUAAAUAGGAAUUCACACCAUUGAAUCGCCUCCUGUUUCGAAAGUUUUUCGUAUCAUGACGAAUUCGAGGUACUUAGUCGACACUUAUACACGAAUAUGUCAGGGCUUCUCAAUUUAGCGUUCUUCUUCUAGUCUUGCCGCAUUAAUUCUAUAAAUCAAUGCAAUAUUUAUCUGAGCAAUAUUUAUUAUUUGAUAUAAUUAUUAUUAUAUCUGAGCAAUUAUUUAUCCAAAAGAUUCUCAAUUUACGUAUAUUUAUUUGUAUGUUCUAUCUGAGAACUAUUAUAAAUAUUAAAAUGAAACUUUUUGUAGUUUAUUCAAUAUGGUUCGUAAAUUACAUAGUAUAGAGUACAUAAUUCUUAGAUUAAUGUCAUUAUACGGGUUUGUUCGGAAAUGACUAGUAAAUUGUGUAAUUCUAUUACUUUCUUGAAACUUUGAAAAUAUCUAGAAAUACAAGAUGAUACUUUUAUUUUCAAUCGACUUUAAAAAAGAACAAUUGUUUUAAUUAAUGU